AUGACCAAAAGACAGGCGGAGCUGUCGCUAGAGCAAGAAGCUGCGGUCGGCUCUCCAGCCUCUAAAAAGGCGCGCACGGAGAGUGACAACCAGCAGGAAGAUGACCCGCGUCAUGGAGCACUACCCUUGCGCCGAGCACCAGGACAAGAGAUGGAGGACGAUGAACACCGCGGAAUGAAUAUCCUUGCAGCUGCGGAUCAAGAGGGAGAGGAGCUUCAAGAAGCAGCGCAGGUAGAUGAGCCGGAGGACGACGAAGAUGAGGACGACGACCGGCCUGCAAUUGUGGCCCCCCAACGCCAAAGUGCUCCGAUGGAAGGAUACAGCGAUCUCUACCUAGAUACGAUCAAUCGACACAUCCUCGACUUUGACUUCGAGAAAUUGUGCUCCGUGAGUUUAUCAAAUAUCAACGUGUACGCUUGCCUUGUGUGUGGGAAAUACUUUCAGGGCAGGGGUCCUAAGUCCUACGCGUACUUCCAUGCCCUGGAAGUUUCACAUCAUGUCUUUAUAAACAUGGGAACGAAGAAGGUCUACGUCUUGCCCGAAGGAUAUGAGGUGAAAAAUAAGAGCUUGGAUGAUAUUAAAUACGUCGUCGACCCAUACUACACCAAGGACGAGGUCGCAAAACUGGACAAAGUAGUCACAGAUGCAUUCGACUUGUCGGGGAGACGCUAUCGACCAGGCUUUGUUGGUAUGAACAAUAUCAAGGCCAACGACUAUUUGAACGUCGUGGCUCAGGCUCUUGCCCAUGUCCUUCCCAUCCGCAAUUACUUUCUCCUCCACGAGUUUCCACAACCAGGUACACCUCAGCUGGUCCUGCGUUUUGGUACACUUGUGCGCAAGCUCUGGAACCCCAAGGCUUUUCGUUCUCACGUGUCCCCUCACGAACUCUUGCAAGAAGUCGCUUUACGUUCAUCCAAGCGGUUCACCCUCACUCAGCAGUCUGACCCAGUGGAAUUUCUAUCCUGGUUUUUGAACAACCUACAUCUUGCGCUUGGCGGCUCCCGAAAACCAUCUAAGACACCAACCAGUGUUGUUCACGCUGCUUUUCAAGGUCAUCUCCGAAUUGAAAGCCAGGCAAUCACAGCACACUCAGAUACCCAGAACGCCCGCCUGGUCUUCACCGAAUCCGGUACCAUUAACAGUCAAACGACCCCCUUCCUCAUUCUCACCCUAGACCUCCCCCCAACACCCCUAUUCCAAUCCGCGAACAGGGAAUCUAUCAUCCCUCAAGUACCCCUCACCACUCUCCUGAACAAAUACAAUGGCAUUACCGCCUCCGAGAAACUCGCCCACCGUGUCCGCCACCGCCUCCUCCACCCGCUCCCCCCUUAUCUCAUGUUCCACAUCAAGCGAUUCAGCAAGAACAGAUUUGUCUCAGAGCGCAACCCAACCAUCGUCACUUUCCCGUCCCCGCGCUCGCUUGACAUGUCGCCCUACGUAGAACCCAACCCAGAGAUCUGGCCUCCGGGCGAGCCGAUCCUCUACGACCUGGUAGCAAACAUCAUCCUCGACCCCAUGAUUACCGCUCCCGGUGGAACGGAGGACGCUGCUGAAAAGGGCGUCAAUGCAGCGUCGGGCGGCGGCGCCUCGUCCAGCGGUGCCGGUGCGGGGACUGAGAAGGUCUCGUGGCUCGUCCAGCUGCAUGAUAAAGCCAUGGCUGCUGAGAAUACCAGUAUCCAGAAUGAGCAGCAUAGCGGGGAACAGCGCGGUCCGGAGUGGCUAGAGAUCCAGGACUUGUUUGUUAAGCGCGCCGAGAGUGAGACGCUUUUCACCAAGGAAGGGUAUCUUAUGGUUUGGGAGCGAAGGAGGGUUCCGGGAAUGAAAAAGAAGGGGAAAACUGCUCCGAAGUGA